ACCACACCAUUAUCAGUAAUUUAUAAAAGAGUGUUGGAAGGAAAAGAGAAAAAAAGGUAGCUAGGGUUCUUCAUGUCUGGAGCUUCAAACAAAAUCACAGAUGAUGAGCUCAAUGCUCUCAUCUUAAGACUUGGAACAUUGCUUCCUCAGCUCAAUCAUGGCCGCCAUGGCAGGGCAUCACCAUCGACAACGAAAAUUUUGAAAGAAACAUGCAGUUAUAUCAGAAGAUUACAGAAAGAAGUAGAUGAUUUGAGUGAGAGGCUAUUGCAAUGUCUAGAUUCCAUGGAUAUAACUAGCUCUGAUGCUGAAUUUCUUACAAAUUUGCUUCAACAGUAAAGCUUGUCCCCUUUCCUUUCUCAAAUUGUCUCAAGUUUCAACGACAGACAAAUGCAUGUGUCUUUUUUUUUUUUUUUUUUGGCUAUUUGGAAACUGUUUGUUAGUUAAUAUCCGAAUUUGAUUGGGCCUGGGAGAGUAAUUAGAGUAUAAAUAAUGUAUAUAAAAA